AUGGCGGAAUAUUGGAAAUCGGCACCUAGGUUCUGGUGCAAGCAAUGCAAGAUAUAUAUCCGCGACACGCCUUUUGAAAAGACCCAACACGAAGCCAGCCCAAAACAUCAGGGAAACCUCAAGAGAUUCUUACGUGAUAUACACCGGGACAACGAGCGGCAGACAAGGGAGACUCAGCGAGCGAAAAGUGAGGUAGAGAGACUGAAACAGGUUGUCGCUGGGGGCAAGGACGGCAGUGGCAGCAGCGGCAAUGUCCCUCCCUGGAAAAAAGACCCUGUGGCGACACAGCAGACGGGACGAGCGCCUACAGCUGAGGAUAGGAAGAAGCAGAUUUCCCAGCUAGCAGAGAUGGGGGUGGCUAUCCCGGACGAGUACCGGGGCGAGUUGGCGUUGGCGGGCGAGUGGCAGACGGUUUCUGAGAGAGCGGUUGCAAGUGAAAAUGAACUAGGACCGUCCGGUGCUGUCGGCGUACGGAAACGCAAGCAUGAAGGCGAUGGAAGCGACGAGGAGGAUAUCAUGCAGAAGGCUACCAGCAAAGGAUGGGGUGCGAGAACGCGACAGUACCCUGGCGAGCAGGAUGAGGACGAUGACGAUUUGGAUACCCUCCUAGCAUCUACGAAGGAUAUUGGGAAAGCCAAGAUGCCUGAGUCUGAGCCAGUGAAGGAGGAAAAACCUGCCACACCUUUUUCUUUUGUUACUCGAACAGAAAAGGAUAUUACUGCUGCUGCAAACACGGAUGCCACGCAGCCGCCAAUAAAGACCGAAGAAAAUCCGAUCGAGAAUCCUGCGCCCAAAGAAGAUCCCGAUGAAGUACCACCGGGCGUUGUCUUCAAGAAACGCAAGCCGAAGGCCAUGCGGAAAUGA